AUGAAGAAAAAAUUUGGCCAACCGUCAUUUCCGACACUCUACUUCAGAGAUGGUGUGCUUUCAAUACCGGGAUAUACCUUCGAAAAGGGUGUUCCUUGGCAAGAUACAGGAAGUAUGACAAUUCUGGCAGAAGGGAGCAGCUUGAAAGAUGGUUCCAGUGUGCUCGCUAAAAUCGCACCUGCACAAUCCAACGGUUCAAUGUGCCUCGAGAGGGAGGCCCACAUUCUAGGCUCCAUGUCUGGAUCGCCGGAAGGUUAUAGUACCACCCUUCGGAUGAUUGACUACUUCAAAAUACCCCGCGAAAGUGGAGAUUGUGUUGUACUCCUCCUCGUCCACCCCGGCCUCAAUCUUCUCGGGCGGUACUUACCCCCGUCCAAAGUGAACGACCUUCUUCUCGCCGAUGUCUCUCGUGCAAGGCCAACAUCGUCCCAUAAUGAUAUCUAUAUGAUGGGAAUCGAGGAGCCUAGUCUGACAGAAGAGAUGGAAGCUUUUGAUAUUAUGGAUCUAGCAUCUUUUCUUGAAUUUGCAAUCCAGUCAACGCAUUGCCUGGAGGUUCUGCACAAAGCGGGUGUAGUACAUCGAGAAGUACGCGCCAACGCCUUCCACCUGAACUCCCAUUCUGGCUUUGUUCGACUCGUGCACUUUGGGAAUCGCGCCAUCUCAUUGGAGAAUUUUGGCUCCCCCUCGUCCCUGGUUCUUCGUGCCUACGAAGAAGCCGAGAAGCUUAAAAUCAAGGAAGCCUUAUGCUAUCUGGCACCUGAGCAAACGGGAAGCAUUGAAACUAUGACCCAAGACCAUAGGACAGACCUUUACUCCCUUGGUAUCUUGUUUUGGACAUUACUAGUGGGUCGCGGUCAAAUGCCCUUCGAAGGAGGUGCAUUGGAGCUGCUGCAUUCCAUCGUGCAGAAACGGCCAAUGCCCGUGCACGAAGUGAGACGGGACGUACCUCAAGUAUUGGCAAAUAUAAUUGACAAGCUUUUGUCGAAGAACCCUGACUUGAGAUAUCAGAGCGCCCAUGGUUUGAAGACGGACUUGAUCGAGUGCCAACGUCGUCUUUUAGCAACAGUUUCUUCUGCGUCCGAUGAUUCGACGGAGCUAAUUCCUCCUUUUGAAAUUGCCUUGGAAGAUAGAUUCACGGAAUUCACCAUGCCUAUAGCUUUGUUCGGGCGGGAGAAGGAGCUAGAGCUGAUUCGGAACGUCAUUCGCAAUGUGUCUACGAGCUUCUCGAGGCACUUCUCCGCCAGUCAAGGCUAUAUUCCUCUAUCUACGAGUGGCUCCCAGAGCAUGAACCAGGACGAUUUUACUGAAUCACUGUCAUCUCGAAGCGAAUCUCCCCACAAUACCUCCAUGGGUGAAUCGAGUCCUAAAGUGACUGGCUCUCCGGAUUCACCGACACACGACCACUCUUCUCUCUCUUUCAGCCCGUCUAUCCACUCCGGGGAUGGGCUCCGUAGAGUCAUGCUACGAAGUCGGAGCCGUAUCUCGCGCACACAAGCUGUUCUCGUCGUUGGUCCUGCUGGAAUAGGAAAGAGCUCGAUGGUCCUUGUAAACCAAGCAAAAUGGCGAUCGCAUGGCCUUUGGGGCCAAGCUAAAUUCCAGAGCGCUGACUCUGCGCCAUUUGCAGCACUGCUUGGUUGUUUAUCUGCAGUUUUACGACAGCUGAUGGUUUUUCACACGGACCUUCAUCGUUUCGUCACUGCUCUGCGCGAUCGCCUAGGUCCUCAACUUCAAAAUGUGCCACUCCUUUACCAAGGCACUCCAGAGCUCAAAGAUGUCUUGGCUCUGUUUGACAUACACCUGGCAACACCUCAGGAGCCUUUGAAUUCGCGUGAACUUAGGGCAAGGUUUCAGUCUCUGGUUGAAAAUGUCUUCGCUGUGAUUGCGGAAACGCGGCUGUUCGCUUUGUUCCUAGACGACCUCCAUGAAGCCGAUGAUUCCACCUUGGAUCUCGUGUCAACAUUAGUCAAUUCGAGAACUCGUAUGCUGAUAUUCGCUACGCUGCGAUCAGACAAACUUAACGUCGUGCAACGGGUUAAAGAUAUGUUCAAGAGUCGUUCCCAACCUACCUGGAUCGCUGUUGAACCAUUGUCCUUCCAAGCCAUAUCAUCUCUAGUAUCCAAGACCUUACAUCGCGCUAAAGAGGAAUGUGUCCCUUUGUCUCGAUUUGUGCAUGGGGCGUCGUCAGGGAAUGCCUUCUCCGCGAGGAACAUUCUGACAACCCUUCAACGGCAAGGACAUAUCACAUUUAACUGGGAACACAACCAUUGGAUAUACGACAUGUUCGCAAUUCAAGGAAGCCUUGGAGACCAGAAGUCGUCGGACCCGACUGAUCUUUCAUUUCUUAUCACCCACAUGAGAGAACUUCCCGAGGAGGCCCAUCAGUACCUUGUGUGGGCUGCCCUAUUCGGAGAAACGUUCAAAGUGACGGAAGUCAAUCUAAUGAUGGACUGGGAAGACUCGAGCGGUAGCAGUGGGAGCGAAGACGAACUCGACGAUAUGUGGCAUGUGCACAAGGCUGUAUCCAACCUGCGUGAAACAGGUUCUGCAAACACCCAUAGGUCGAUGCGUGGUCUGCAGGUCGCCUUGACGGAGGGUUGGCUCAUCACGAGAGCAAGGGAUAUGUGCAGCUUUGCACAUGAUCGAUAUCGGCAGGCAGCACAGGCCGAGGCCGAGACCCUUCCUCGAGAAGUACUUGCAAAAAUGUCUUUCAAGAUCAUCCUGAUGAUGCUGCACGAGAGUCCAAUUGAUGUUUAUGGCGUCGCGGAGCAUGCGAAGCGGUGUCUCGGUCUCCUACAUGACCAUCCAAAACGCGACGAGCUUCUGGACGUUCUCAUUGACGCCGGUGAAUCUGCUUGGGCUCGAGGUGCCCACGAGCUUGCUAUACAGUCCUUCGUCAGCGCUAGAACCCUCCUUCGACAAAAUGCAUGGGCAGACAGGCCAUGGAGAACCUUGAGCCUCUUGUCGCGACUGGCUGCUCUGUAUACUUGGAGAGGCGAUUUGAAGGAAUCCGAUUCUAUCUUAAGCGAAUGUUUGGUGCAUGGUAGGCAGCCGGAGGAUAAGGCCAACCUUCUUAGAUCGCGGUCGCGAAACCACUGGCUGAAAGGCAACUACGCGGAGGCCCUCAACGAUACCCUUCUUGCUCUAAAGGUUCUUGGUGUGGAAGUAUCCCCAGCACCGACGCGGCGGCAAGCGGAUAUCAUGUUUGAAGAGGUAAAAAAUGAGAUCUUAGCUGUUGGCUUCGACGAGAUACUCUUGAUACCUCGCACAACGGAUCCGAGGACAGAACUCGCUGUGACAUUGCUCAAUGACGCAGGGAUGAAUGGAUACUGGAGUCCAUCGCCUUAUUGCUUUGCAGAUGUUGUAGGGUUAACUACGAUUCAACUGGCGCUCAGAUCUGGGAUGUCCCCCGGAACAGCUCUUGGAUUCUUCUGGGCACUCGGAGCAGCAGAACGACGAGAACUCUAUCGGUUCUCUACUGAUAUUGCCAAGUUAGCUCUGCGCAUCGCAGAUCGACAUGGCAGCUCAGGGGAAAAAUGCCGGGCGCAAGUUCUUUUCUGCGCAAUGGUCUCAGGCUUCGACAAUGUUCAUAUACGAGCAAAUCUGCCCCGCUUGGAGCAAGCCGUGAAGUAUGGGAGUAGUGCUGGUGAUCGCCUCUACACAAGCUUUGCAAGUAUACAUAGCAUUAUGACCAGGCUUUAUGUCUGCGAUCACCUCAGUGAACUUGCUCCUGCAGCAGAGGAGUGCGCCAAUGAUGUCAAACUGUUGUCACCGUCCGGUGAACCUAUCAGUUUAGCAACAGUAGCCGUGCUUAACUGCGUUCGCGUCCUGGGAGGCUAUACAAAUGCCGAGUCUGCGAAGACAUUAUUCGACACUGACGACUUCUUUGAAAAAGAUUAUCUCCAGCAUAUCCACAACACCUCUGGGAACGUUCCUAUGACAUUGAAUUGGUAUAAUUCUUUCAAGGUCGUUAGCUACUUUUCCGUCGGAUUUAUCAAAGAGGCAGCCGAACUUGGCUUUCAUGUUUAUAAGACUAGAGAAGCCCAUCCAAAUCAUCGGCAUGUGCGAUACUCGCUUUUCUACCAUUGUCUUUCAAUGAUUGCUUGCAUACGCAACGGCCUCACUUCUGCAGAUGAGCGGACACUAUACCUAUCACAAAUUCAAGCAAACCAAGUGCACAUUCGCAAGUGGUUGUCUCCCAGUCCGGUGAAUGCGGGCACAUGGGUUGCUCUCAUAGACGCCGAACUGGCUGGUUUGUUGGGAUCGCCAGACGCAUUCAAACUCUAUGAUGUGGCGGUGAAGCUCGCAGUGAAUAAUGACUGGCUUGCUGAGGAAGGAUGGGGCCUGUAUCUCCAAGGUUCUCAUUUUGUGAGAUGUGGUGUAGAAGGUCUUGGCAGCGAGUUACAGCGUCGAGGGAUUGCACGUCACGCACAAUGGGGCGCUCAAGGGAUCGUCAACCAUCUUACUUCCCUUUCCGGCGCUCGGUCCCAGCAUCCUUUGAAAAGGGCCAUAUUUUCCUCAGAUGUCGCAGUACAAACAGAAGCAGUGGCUCUUAAUUUUUCGUCGCCACAUUACGGCCAUGACAAGGGCGAGUCACAGAGUGAUCAAGAAACGACACUAGGAGCGAAGGAUCUGGCAUCUAUCCUGAAAUGGAGCCAAGAUAUUUCUAGUGAUAUAAACCUGUCUUCGGCUCUGCAAAGAUUAACUGAAACUGCUACGGAAACUUCUGGGUCCCAAAACACGUGCGUGGUUAUUGCAAGAGAAGCGGGUGACUACACUGUCGCGACAAGUAUGGUCCCCCCAGAACCUUGCCAAGUCCACGAAAAUCCGAAGUCGAUUCGAAUGAUCAGCGAUCCCCUUCAGAAAGCCAUAAUUCAACAUACAUUGAACACAAAGGAACGUGUUUAUUACGACGAUGCUUCCUUGGAUUCGCGCUUCUCUUCCGAAGCUGGACAGACUUCUCAUCGUUCUGUUAUAUGUUUACCCAUUUUCAGCAAUCGUGGACAGACUUUCGGCGCUGUUUACUUUGCAUCGAGAUACCCCUUCUCACAGAACACCGUCACGAUUCUCACUCUCUUGUGCCAGCAGGCGAGUAUCAGCAUUGCGAACGCCCUAUUAUUCAGGUCUGUCCAGAAUGGCACCAAAGAGAAUUUGAAGAUGAUUGCUGCUCAACGCGAGGCGUUGGAAGCCGCAAGGAAGAGCAGAGAAGACGCUCUUAAGGCAACCAAAAUUAAAAGUAACUUCCUCGCAUCUAUGAGCCACGAACUGCGAACUCCCUUUAGUUCUUUCUACGGUUUGCUCGAUUUGCUGAGUGGGACAGAGCUCAACCCUGGACAAAACGAAAUAGUGCAAACUGCAAAGCAAUCUUGCGAACUCCUCCUGAAAAUCAUCGAUUCUAUCCUGGAUUACAGUAAACUGGAGGCAUCAGCUGUAAAACUAGAGCCAAGUGGCUUCUUGGUUGAGAACAUUAUAGCGGACUGCAUGGAGCUUCUCUUACCAAUGGCUGCCAAGAAGCUUGACUUGUCAUUCAAUAUAGAAGCGAAUGUUCCCCCUUGGGUCUACGCUGAUUAUGCAAGGAUUAGACAAGUGUUGAUGAAUCUCAUCGGCAACGCUGUGAAGUUCACGGCUUCCGGCUCCGUCAAGGUCAUUUGCUCGCUCGACAAAAUUCCCAGCACAUCCCCAGGCGAAGUGCACUUGAAGUUUGAGAUACACGAUACAGGAAUAGGUCUCUCUGCCAGUGAUGUCGAUCUCCUGUUCGUCCCGUUUCAACAGGCUGAUAACUCUUCUACUCGUCGAUUUGGAGGGACUGGUCUCGGUUUGUCGAUCUCUCGUCAGUUGGUGAAACUGAUGGGUGGUGCAAUCGGAGUGACCUCUGAACCUGAGCAUGGGUCUAUGUUCUGGUUCACAAUUCCAGUCAAGAUCCAUAACUCUGAGGAGUCAGCAAAGUACGCUCGCGAUAUCGACACCUUGCGGUCGGCUUUGCUCAAUCCACAGCCUUUGCGCAUCCUUGUGUCUUCGGGCUCUGAGACAACAUUAGCACUUCUAAGGACGAUGCUGUACGGAUUCGACGCCACGCUUGUCCCCUCUCCACGGGAUGCUCGACACUAUCUUGACACUUACUCGGCCUCGAACCCCAACCUCGAUUUCGUGAUCUUUGACGACCAAUCAGAAGCAGAGGCCGAUAAUCUUGCUCGAUAUCUGCACUCAUUGGGUCUUUCUACUUUCAAAGACACCAAAGUCAUUCAUCUAUAUACUCCUACAACCAGUACCUCAGGACAUGCAGUUUUUGCUAGCAGCAGUAUUCCCGGAGUUGUCAAGAUGACAAAGCCCCCACGAUUGGCACGCCUCCUGCAAACACUUGCCGACUUGAAAAAUCUGUCAAAUGUCGUCACUGUUUAUCAUCCGUCAGAGAUAUCCAAAGCCAUUGAAGACCUGUCCAAUGUCCAACGCACUCUCCAGGGGAACGUGCUCAUCGCCGAAGAUAAUCCUAUUGCCCAAAAUUUAUUGGUCAAGCAACUGCAGCGCUACAAUCUGAGCGUACAUCCAACAAGCAACGGUGAAGAAGCGAUUGCUGAAUGGGAGGCGCACGAGCCAGGCUUUUUCAGUGUAGCAUUAUUCGAUCAUCAUAUGCCUAUCUGCGACGGAGUGGAGGCUGCCAAACGCCUGCGACUCCUUGAAAGCAAACGAAAAUGCACAAUCUUAUUACCUAUUGUCGCUCUGAGUGCAGAUUGCCAAGAUUCAACAAAACAGCUUUGCCUAAGUGCUGGUAUGAACGCAUUCUUCAGUAAACCGCUCAAGAAAGGCGAUCUAGCGGCGUUAAUGACAAUGUUCGGUCAGCCGACGAGUUAA